AUGCUCAUUCGCACCGCUACAAAAGAAGAUAUACCCGCCGCCGGGGCCGUUGCAGCAGCGGCGUACAUCGAUGAUGAGCAGGAUGCCUUCAUGUUCCCUGGCCGUGUGAAGCACCCUCAGCGAUAUCUCAAAACGAAAGAGAGCAUUGUUCGCCAUGGCAUGAAUGACCCGACCGCAGCGGUAAUUGUUGCUGUACUCGAAGAGGGAGAUGAAGGCUGGAGUGGAAAGCCUGACAUUGUUGGCUUUUGCAUCUGGUUUCGCGAAGAUGGCGAGGAGGAGGGUGGAAAGGCUAAGGAUAUUGAGAAGAAGGCUUUACUAUUGAGGAUAAAAACUUUCAUCUUUGGCUCUGAAGUUUUUCAGUACGCAUCCGACCUGAUAGAUCCACUGGUAUCAGCUCAGAAUGCAUCCAUCAUGGCUCGCACAUGCCGACUCCCCUCCUCCAAUCAUUAUUUUUGCCCCAAAAUCGACAACUUGCCUCAGUACGGCAUCAUGGAUAUUGCUGUGCACCCGGGAUUUCAGGGUCACGGCAUCGCGAGGAGGCUCGUUGAGUGGGGUAUUAACAAGGCAAAGGAGGAGGCUAUCCCCAUCGAGCUCUCUGCGACGCCUGCGGGAUCGGGAUUAUAUGCCAAGCUGGGGUUUAAAAAAGUUGGCGUUUGGAGAUGGAGGCCGGGUAUGGAAGGGAGUGAUGGCAAGGGUGGAUGGGAUAUAAUGAGGUGGCAGCCAGAACAGUGA